AUGGCCACCGGUGGAAGCUAUGGUGAUGAACUGCCACCCAGCUAUUUCGAGGCGGUGAAACUUUCAGGAGCACUAGGAGACAGUGCUGCCGGCCCCCAUCAGGAUGCGUCCGGCAAUCCCUACGUCUUUGCCCCAGGAGAUCCCAAUCCUUACAGGUGGAUCGGCGAGCAGGAGACCGGGGUCUAUUUCAAGGAUUUUGUCCCGACAUCAGUGGAUCCAUAUAACCUCGCAUCCAACGAGCCGUUUAAUAAGCAGGUUGAGGGGGCUAAUGAUUGGUUGUCACAACAGCCGGAUAUUGUAAUUGUAUCAUGUGAAACUGUCGAGUUCAAGGUGAGGAGUUCGGGCAAGAUCGAUCUCCAGCGCACCAACUACCGGGAAAGCGACGAUGGUCGAACAGUCAUUGCAUACGGUCUAAGGCUGUGGCUGCGUUCGCCUGGGAAGCAGGAGGGUCGGCAUGGACCCCAGAUUUCGUACAGAGACAUCAUACCAGCGACAAGUUACUCGCCUGAUCACAGCGGGGAAGAUGAAGAUCUGUCGAUGGCACUGUUGCAGUCGUGUGAUCAGUGCACAGACGGUGAGGAGAAGCUACAUCUAUCUGGGGGGAAGACUGUGGACCCUGAGAGAACAGUCAGUAAGGAGAGGGGAGACUCACGCACUGUCUACCUAAACCUCUUCCGUAUCUAUUUCGAGGUGAACACCUCCUCUGCAGCCGUGCAAGGAGAAUUGGGGUUUAAGGACUUCAGUCCAGCUGAGCAUUCACACACCCAGUUGCUGGCGCAGUUAACUCGAUGGCUGCAGACUGGGGAGCUUUCUGGAUGGCAAGUCACUAAUCUAGAGACGGUCACGCAGAAGAUCAAGCGAAGCGGGGGCAAAAACAAGAUUUUGCCACGGCGUGCCGUGUACACUGAACACGGGGAGGCGCACACGUACUACCUCAAGAUCCUGCGCCUGUUCUACGUGCGAUACCACAACCACCCCUCGCCGCGCGACCUCAUCAUCACCUCAAAGGCGUUCUAUCCCAUCCGGGAGGACUCUAAGUUUGAGGAUGCCACGAGCUUGAACAGUCGAAUCUUCGAGUGGACCAAAGCAGCCGGUGCGAAGGUGUUGGCAGUGGAGACCGUGCCGUCGCGCGUGGGGCGCUCAGCCGAGCGCAAGGAAGGGUACGAAGUCAUGCACACGGACAAUGAUGGUGAGAAGGCUGAGCGCUUUGAGUACAUCAUCUGGGUGUACAUUGACGGCGAAUACUCGGAGCCACCUCCCAGUGUGAUCCCUCCGCCUCCAAUCCACCGCACUGACAACACCGAUUGCACACUGUUGUAGCUAUACUACUACUACUACUACUCAGCGGAUGCAGAGAUGCCAACCACUACGAUUUAUCCGUAUUUUAUACGA